CGAGACUGCUAAACAGAAGGGAGGGAUCAGUGCCUUCCCUCUCUGUCUGCAGUACAGGUGAUAUUUGCUGGUCUGUGUCUGCAUGUAUGGUAUUUUUUUAAUAUAUUAGCGUCUGUUGGUACAUUAGACCUAGCCACUAUGCCAUUUGCUCCUGUGUGAUCAGUUUUCCUGGACAACAAAGUUAGUCCAUUUAUGUAGCCGUCUCUUCCUGGGCCAUAUCUUGAUUGGUUAGGGGAGUACGAGAUGGGAGAGGCGAUCUGAGGAUCCCCAGGCGCUCUCAGUUGUGCUGCAUCUACAGUGAGAACAGACAGAUCCACCUCCUUCACAGAGAGGUCUUCAUGGACAGGAAGACUGGAACUGCUGCCGAGGACUUCUUCACCUGAGAUAACCCUCCGAAUAAAAUCUCUCAUUAGGAGGUAACUUUUUCCGUCAAAGAUCAGUUCAUUGAAAGAACCAUAAAGUUGCUUGGAUUCUUGGAAAAUUCAUGGAAAAGAUCAAGAAGAUUUUGAGGAAAAUUAGGGAAACUGUGGGAUAACAUUUUCUGUUCUUGCAACUCAUCCUCCAAAUUCAUCCAUCAAAUUCUGAAUAUUUUCUGGAGCUACCUGCAAGGAGAUCAAGUUCAAAUUAACUAUACCUGACAUGGCAAGGCAAGGAGAGCCGUGCUGAGUGUGCGUAGGGAGAUAAAGCAAGCAUGAGCUAGGGGCCUGAGUGCUGCGGUGAGGUGAGAGGCAGCAAACCUGCUGAGAAACUAGAAACACCUGCUUUUCAAUGUAAACACACAGCACCAUGCCAACCCAGCUGCCAUUCUGGCACAAGAGGACCGGGACCACAGCAGGACACACAUUCCUGCUUUUACUCUUCUUUGUUAUCUUCGACCACCAGGUAACAGGCUCAGUCCUUGAAAGCCUGAUAGCUAAACGGACCGCAUACUGGGAGAACUGCAACAGAACUCUGGCAACAAGCACACUCUCAGAAAAUGGGAUCUACUGUAAAGGAACGUUUGACAUGUUUGUGUGUUGGCCCCAUUCAUCUCCUGGGAAUGUGUCGGCCCCCUGUCCUUCUUACUUACCAUGGAUCAGCGAGGACAGCUCCAGGAAGGCCCACCGAGAAUGCUUAGAAAAUGGGAGAUGGCGACAGAGGGAGAAUUCCUCCGAUCCCUGGAGGGAUGACUCAGAAUGUAAGGAGGACCAUUACUUCAAAGACAAGGAGGAUGAAAUGCUUCGCCAGACAGCCCUCAGGCUCAUCUCUGUCAUUGGCUAUUCCCUCUCCCUGUCCUCUCUCACACUGGCUACUCUCCUGAUGGCCAUGUUGAGGAAGCUCCACUGUACCAGGAACUACAUCCACAUGAAUCUGUUUGUGUCAUUCAUCCUGAGAGCCACGGCUAUCAUUUCUAAGGAAAUCAUAUUAUACAUCAUGUAUAACAACCUGCCCAAGGACGACCCUGGAUGGAACGCCUACUCAAGCUCUGCGAUAGCGUUGAUGUGUAAAGUCUCCAAAGUGUGCAUGGAGUACUUUGUGGCCUGUAACUACUUCUGGCUCUUAGUGGAGGCCAUUUUCCUCCACACGCUGCUCUUCACAGCUGUGCUGACCAAGAGACGUCUGCUGAAGAAAUACAUGCUGCUAGGAUGGGGAACGCCUGUCUUGUUUGUAACACCAUGGACAGUUGUCAAGAUUUUAUACGAAAACACAGAAUGCUGGUCAAUUGUGAACAGAUGGUUCUGGUGGAUAAUAAGAGGUCCGAUUACUUUAUCAGUGCUGGUCAUUUUCUUCAUAUUCAUCAAGAUUCUAAUGCUGCUGCUGUCCAAGCUGAAAGCAGAUCUUGUGAAAUUUACAGACUACAGAUACAGCUUGGCCCGAGCAACACUGGUACUGAUUCCUCUGCUGGGAAUCCAUGAAGUGGUCUUCACUGUGCUGAUAGAUGAAUGCGUGGAGGGCAGCAGUCGCUACGCCAGGAACUUCGUCAACCUCACUCUCAGCUCAUUUCAGGGAUUCUUGGUUGCUGUGCUGUACUGUUUUGCUAAUGGAGAGGUCCAAGCUGAACUGAAGAAGCGCUGGCAACUCUUUCUGUUUACCAACCACUUCCAGUUCAGGAGCUGUUUUCAGGGUGUGCCGCUCAAACAUCUGUGGAAGUGCACUCAAGUGCACCGCCCACACUGCUCUCGGCAGAGUUACUCCUACGACGAGGGUGGCACCUCCACAACGCACCCACAUCUGCUUCAGGUGGCUGUACAUGGAGGAGGUGGGGGGCUUGGACUAGGAGAGGUUAAAGGCCAGGGGUUGAUGGGCUGUGACACAACAGGGCUUGACUUUCUCACCAGGAAGAGCCUGUCCAGUAGUGAUGGAGAGAUAACGCUCGGGGAGACCAUGGAGGAAAUUAUAGAGGAGAGUGAGUUCUGAUCUCCUUUAGUUUGUUGGUAUCACUUAACAUUAAGUGAUGCGUACUGACAGAAAGAUGAAGGCGAAAUUA